AUGAAAACACCAUACAAAUUGGUGACCGAUCAAUUAGCUACCAAGGAUCAAUUGAUUAAGAGGGUAAUUUUGAUAGAUGGUAUUGCUUCGGAUUGUGUUUUUUGCUCUACGGAGACGAAAAGCCUUUCUCAUUUGGUUGGGGGCUCUUUAGUGGUGGAGGCUAUUUGGAGAAAGGUGUACGAGUGGAUUGGACUCGUGGAUGAUUUAUCAUUGGAAGAGUUCGAAGGGUUUCUCUUUGAUUUCGAGAAGGUGAAGAAUCUAGCCAAGAGGUCCUUAGUUACGGUAAUUUGGUUAGCAACGGCUUGGAGUAUUUGGAAUAGGCGUAAUGGUAUCAUUUUCAAGAAUGAUUCGUUUAGCUUCACCGAAUGUUUUGUGCAGCAGUGUAGCGAGAAGUGGACCGAUGGCACAUUGGAAGAGCAUCUUUUGGACUCAGCAGGGAUUUUGGACCCUUGUGCUUGGCAUGGGAUAGCAGAGGAUUUGGACAGCAAUUUUGGACUGAUGCUGCAGAGUUGA